GAUAGACCCCAGGCGUCCCCUCUGGGGCCUCUCCGUCUCGCCCGAGAUAAAGCCCCAAUAAAUUGGAGUCGUAUCCGACAGCCUCAUCAGGAGAGGCCUAAAAGCGUGUGCCCGAGGUCGCUUCGCUGCCCCGUGCCCCUAAAUCCCGUCUCGUUCCCCCGCAGGCUGCAGGCUCGCAUCGCUCACCGGAUCCAAGAGCUGGAAAACCUUCCCGGCUCCCUGGCCGGCGACCUGAGAACCAAAGCGACCAUCGAGCUCAAAGCGCUGCGGCUGCUUAACUUCCAGAGACAGCUGCGUCAGGAAGUGGUGGUGUGCAUGCGGCGGGACACGGCCCUGGAGACGGCCCUGAACGCCAAGGCCUACAAGCGCAGCAAGCGGCAGUCGCUGCGCGAGGCUCGCAUCACCGAGAAGCUGGAGAAGCAGCAGAAGAUCGAGCAGGAGCGGAAGCGCCGGCAGAAGCACCAGGAAUACCUCAACAGCAUCCUCCAGCACGCCAAGGACUUCAAGGAGUACCACCGCUCCGUCACGGGCAAGAUCCAGAAGCUCACCAAGGCGGUGGCCACCUACCACGCCAACACGGAGCGCGAGCAGAAGAAGGAGAACGAGAGGAUCGAGAAGGAGCGGAUGCGCCGCUUGAUGGCUGAGGAUGAGGAAGGGUACCGCAAGCUGAUCGACCAGAAGAAGGACAAGCGGCUGGCCUACCUGCUGCAGCAGACGGACGAGUACGUGGCCAACCUGACGGAGCUGGUGCGGCAGCACAAGGCUGCCCAGGUGGCCAAGGAGAAGAAGAAGAAGAAGAAGAAGAAGAAGGCAGAGAACGCAGAAGGGCAGACCCCCGCCAUCGGGCCGGACGGCGAGCCUCUGGACGAGACGAGCCAGAUGAGCGACCUCCCCGUGAAAGUGAUCCACGUGGAGAGCGGCAAGAUCCUCACCGGCACCGACGCCCCCAAAGCGGGGCAGCUGGAGGCCUGGCUGGAAAUGAACCCCGGGUAUGAGGUAGCUCCGAGGUCUGACAGUGAAGAAAGUGGGUCAGAGGAGGAGGAGGAGGAGGAGGAGGAGGAGCAGCCGCAGCCCGCUCAGCCGGCGCUGCCCGUGGAGGAGAAGAAGAAGAUCCCCGACCCCGACAGCGACGACGUGUCGGAGGUGGACGCCCGCCACAUUAUCGAGAACGCCAAGCAGGACGUGGACGACGAGUACGGCGUGUCGCAGGCGCUGGCCAGGGGCCUGCAGUCCUACUACGCUGUGGCCCACGCCGUCACCGAGAGGGUGGACAAGCAGUCCACGCUGAUGGUCAAUGGCGUCCUCAAGCAGUACCAGAUCAAGGGCCUGGAGUGGCUGGUGUCCUUGUACAACAACAACCUGAACGGCAUCCUGGCAGACGAGAUGGGUCUGGGCAAAACGAUCCAGACCAUCGCUUUAAUCACAUACCUCAUGGAGCACAAGCGGAUCAACGGCCCCUUCCUCAUCAUAGUACCUCUCUCAACCCUGUCGAAUUGGGCGUAUGAGUUUGACAAAUGGGCUCCUUCUGUGGUGAAGGUCUCCUACAAGGGCUCCCCGGCAGCAAGACGGGCGUUUGUACCUCAGCUCCGCAGCGGGAAAUUCAACGUCCUGCUCACGACGUACGAGUACAUCAUCAAAGACAAGCACAUCCUCGCCAAGAUCCGCUGGAAGUACAUGAUCGUGGACGAGGGCCACAGGAUGAAGAACCACCACUGCAAGCUCACCCAGGUCCUCAACACGCACUACGUGGCCCCGCGCCGCCUGCUGCUGACGGGCACCCCGCUGCAGAACAAGCUCCCGGAGCUCUGGGCCCUGCUCAACUUCCUCCUGCCGACCAUCUUCAAGAGCUGCAGCACCUUCGAGCAGUGGUUCAACGCCCCCUUUGCCAUGACGGGGGAGAAGGUGGACCUGAACGAAGAGGAAACCAUCCUGAUCAUCAGGCGCUUACACAAAGUGCUGCGCCCCUUCCUGCUGCGAAGGCUGAAGAAGGAAGUGGAAGCUCAGCUGCCCGAGAAGGUGGAGUACGUGAUCAAGUGCGACAUGUCGGCCCUGCAGAGGGUGCUCUACAGGCACAUGCAGGCCAAGGGCGUGCUCCUCACCGACGGCUCCGAGAAGGACAAAAAGGGUAAAGGCGGGACAAAAACCUUGAUGAACACCAUCAUGCAGCUGAGGAAGAUCUGCAACCACCCCUACAUGUUCCAGCACAUCGAGGAAUCCUUUUCCGAGCACUUGGGGUUCACUGGAGGUAUCGUGCAAGGACUGGAUUUGUACCGUGCCUCGGGCAAAUUUGAGCUCCUAGACAGAAUCCUCCCCAAGCUGCGAGCCACCAACCACAAGGUGCUGCUCUUCUGCCAGAUGACCUCCCUCAUGACCAUCAUGGAAGAUUAUUUUGCUUACCGUGGAUUCAAAUACCUCAGGCUGGACGGAACCACUAAAGCCGAAGACCGCGGCAUGUUGUUAAAGACUUUCAAUGAGCCAGGCUCUGAGUACUUCAUUUUUUUGCUCAGCACCCGGGCUGGCGGGCUGGGCCUGAACCUCCAGUCUGCAGAUACUGUGAUUAUCUUUGACAGCGACUGGAACCCUCACCAGGACCUGCAGGCGCAGGACCGAGCGCACCGCAUCGGGCAGCAGAACGAGGUGCGCGUCCUCCGGCUCUGCACCGUCAACAGCGUGGAGGAGAAGAUCCUCGCCGCCGCCAAGUACAAGCUGAACGUCGACCAGAAGGUUAUCCAAGCCGGCAUGUUUGACCAGAAGUCCUCGAGCCACGAGCGAAGAGCCUUCCUCCAGGCUAUCCUGGAGCACGAGGAGCAGGACGAGAACAGAUACAGCGCGGGCAGCGGCAGUGGCAGUGCAAGCUUCCCCCACACUGCCUCAACCCUGUGCCUGAACGCUGAGUUGGAGGAACCACCUCUAAAGGAGGAAGACGAAGUCCCCGACGACGAAACGGUCAACCAGAUGAUCGCGCGGCACGAGGAGGAGUUUGACCUUUUCAUGCGCAUGGACCUAGACCGCCGGCGGGAGGAGGCGCGCAACCCCAAGCGCAAGCCGCGGCUGAUGGAGGAGGACGAGCUGCCCUCGUGGAUCAUCAAGGACGACGCCGAGGUGGAGAGGUUAACGUGCGAGGAGGAGGAGGAAAAAAUGUUCGGGCGAGGCUCCCGGCACCGCAAGGAGGUGGACUACAGCGACUCGCUGACGGAGAAGCAGUGGCUCAAGGCGAUCGAGGAGGGCACGCUGGAGGAGAUCGAGGAGGAGGUGCGCCAGAAGAAGUCCUCCCGCAAGCGCAAGCGGGACACGGACGUGGGCUCCGCCACCCCCACCACCAGCACCCGCAGCCGGGACAAGGACGAGGAGAGCAAGAAGCAGAAGAAGCGCGGCCGGCCGCCGGCCGAG